AUGGCGCAGAACAAUCUACUGCAAGGAUACAGCUGGGAAACUCAGUACGAGGAUUCGCAGGCACAGUUGCCCAGGUCCAUUCAGGAUGAGGUGAUUAGCGUUUACGAGGUGUACGUUAAAGAAGAGACCAUUGGACCAGAUGGAAGGAGCGAGGUGUCCGUGGUUUCCGGAAUACCUGGAUCUAAUGAGCACCAGUUAAUACAGGCGGAUUGUCUGGAUUUAGACGCUGCAAUCGAUUCCGAAGUGAUCAAUAUCGACGGCACGGUAACAAAACUUCUUGGGAAAGAUUCCUUGAAAUAUAAGAUUUUAGAGCAAAGCGUUACUACCCCUGAUGAUAGCGUGGUCGUUUACUCUCAUCCUGUAGCUGAAGGACCUUCUUCAACAACUCCUCGUUUAAUAGACAAGGAUGAUCCUAGAUCAAGACUUCACUUCGUGAAGUACUUGAAGCGGGAUGGCAAGACUUUGAAAAUAUGGGAAUGUGGCAUCUGCUCAAAGGAAUUCAGACAUCAGUACACCUUGAUGAGGCACCUGCCGACCCAUACCGACGAAAGGAAUUUCAAAUGCGAAGCUUGCGGCAAAGCUUUCAGACAACUCUCAACGCUAAGCCAACACAAAGCGAUCCACAGUGAUGCUCGGCCUUACGUGUGCGAGUUUUGCAAGAAAACAUUCAACCGGGUAUCCACAUUGAUAUCGCAUCGUAAAACGCAUUCGGAGCACAAACCUCACAAGUGUCACCUGUGUGGCAAGGGAUUUCACCAGAAAGGGAACCUGCGGAACCACGUCUUCACGCACACCAACGAAAGGCCCUACAAAUGUGAAUUGUGUGGCAAGGGGUUUAACCAGAUGUCGAAUUUGGUGUGUCACAAGGUGAAGGCACAUGCUCACGCAGAGAAGAUGCAAUACGUGUGUGGAAUCUGCGGAAAAGAAUUUCCCCGAAGGUUUUCCUUAAGGUCUCACGAGGAGUACAAGCACGGGAUCAAGUAUCGCCAAACUGCAGGCGCGCAGUCGACGUUGAACGAGCCAACGAUCAUGCGGAACAAAAACGUCAGGAUCGUUCAUUUACCAGACGGAGAACAGGAAACGAUGACCGAGGUCAGUGAUAAGGAUCCCAUGGGAUCGGGAGACUACAUGGAAAGCGUUUUGGUGGACAGGAUUGAGACGAAGGCGCUGGAAAACGCGAUUCUUCAGGGCCACACCCCGUUUGCCCUUUUCAAGCCAGCUAAGGGGAUUCCGGUGCUGGUGAAGGUGUCGCCGACCGCAGGCCAGAAACACGUCUUGACGCCCGCGACGGCAGAGGAUCUCAGGAUUGCUGGGAAAAUGACUUUGAGUCCAACUUUGAAUGGGGACGGGGAUGGAAUGAAGGCAGUGCAAAUUAAGGUCCCAGUGGUGGCAACGGUGACCCAGAAGAUUGAGCCUGAUGGAAAAGUCAGCUUCCUCGUGGAGGCUCCUGGACCCGAUCAGGAGCAAGAGAGUCUGGUAGCGCCUCUGGAUCCGCAAUUCCCCUUCGAGGAACCCAUAAGAAGUGAUCCUGAGAGACUCAACCAGUCGAUCCAGACCCCGGCUCCGGAAGACUGCAACGAGCUUUUGGAACUGGCAGCUCAAGGUGGGAUCCAAUUUGUCAGAGCGACGGAAGAUGGUCGCUACGAGGUGAUGACCAACAGCGAAGCCAGAGACUUGAUGGCGCAGAACUCCCACGAUGUCACGAUUUUGAACAGCGAAGAGGCCAACGCCAUCAACGUCGUCGGAAUUCGUGGGAAUGUUCAUGACGAAGUCAUGGGGAACACCGGCAACGAGAUCAUGGUUUUGGAUUCUGAGUCGAAUCAGAAGUCGAUCGCCAUGGAUAGGAUUGAGAUUUUGGAAGACAAGGACAUUAGGAUCCUGGACUCCAAGACUUUGGAUGAUCGCUACGUGGACGGGAUCACGUAUCUCUCCCAGUCCAAGAUCGAUGACCUCAUCCUGGGUCCCAAAUCCCUCGGCAUGGAUCCUGGGGUUUCCGUGAUGGAACAUGAUGACGAUGUUGGAAUUGGACCCUGCCACCAGAAUUUGGCCAACAUCUUGAACCACAGACCGGAAAUGCCGAACAUGGCUGCGAACGCUCCCACGACCAUGACUUCUUUACUGAGCAAAAGUCAGUCCUCGAUUUCGAUUUUGAACGAGAGUUUACCCUUCUUCAAGAACAGCCACAUUUUGAGCGAGGACAUGAACAUCCUCGCGGAUGUCGGGUGUCCAAUGGACCAGCAAUCAGUAGUAGAUUACGAGUCGAGGAUGAAGUUAACCGAGUUCGACGACGGCGAAUGCGACACCGGACUAAUCCCUAUCAGCCAAUCGGAGGUCAAAAUUUUAGGGUCUUGGAAUAAGAACUUCAAGAUACUGGGAAGCAACGAAAAGAACCAGCAAAAGUCCUUCCUCGAGAUCGGAGAAGUGAAGAUACUCGGCCCGAAGAAUUCUGAGAUGACGCCGCAGUACCAGGACCUCAAGUUUUUGGGAAAUUACGAGCAGUUUUUGCGAAACACCGGACACAAUGGGUUCGUCAACUCCGGAGGUGGCGAGACAAGGAAAGAGGUGAAAAUUCUGGGGAAGAAACUGGAAACUGCAAUUCUCUCCACCGACGACGGCAACGUCGUGAAGGUAUUCGACGAAAUAAAGAAACUGACGACUCCUGGGAGUGAUUCUCGAAAUUCCUGCGAGACGGUCGUUCACGAAUCGUCCGAGGAAGAAAGAUCGAACUCCGAGCGCGCCAGUCGGGACUUUUUACUCCAAGCGUGCAGUCCGGAGCAGGACUUCCUGAAUUUCGGUAAUCGGUUAACCGACCGACACACGAGUCCCGGGAAUUUCCAGAGGUCCCACAAAGACAGCGAUUUCGUCAUGACCGGGCUCCCGGAUUUGGACUGA